AUGUCCAUGAGUGUAUCUGAUUGCCAAGUUGCCCGUUUAGGGUUCCCUCGCCCAUUCCCAGACACACCAACAAAUGUCGUGGAGCAGUUCAAAUUGAACGGGAAAGUCGCUGUUGUGACUGGUGCUGCUGAAGGCAUCGGAGGAGCCGUUUGUGAGGCCUAUGCAGAAGCAGGCGCAGAUGUGGCUCUUUUGUACAAUUCCAACAACGCUGCAGUUGAUAGGGUUGACGGUAAGCUGAUGUGCCAAGAGACCCCCCUUCUGCCCCUCCCUCCGUACCCAAGUGGCCAACAAUACAUAGUGUCAAAUCCACAUGCGGUUCAAGAAGCGAUAGCGCAAGUCGUCAGUGAUUUCAAAAAGAUAGACAUAUUCGUUGCCAACGCAGGCAUGGCAAUCUCCAAGCCCAUCUUGGAGCAAACCCUCGACGAGUAUAGGAAGCAGCUUUCGGUCAACGUUGAUGGAGUGGUUUACUGUGCAAAAUACGCUGGCGAGAUUUUUCAACGCCAAGGCAGUGGAAACCUGAUAAUCACGGCGAGCAUCAGUGGACACAUCGUGAAUGUGCCAGUUGACCAACCAGUCUACAACGCGACUAAAGCAUUCGUGACCCAAUUUGGCAAGUCCCUUGCUCGGGAGUGGAGGGAGUUUGCACGCGUCAAUAUCGUAUCACCUGGUUUCUUCGACACGAAAAUGGGCGCAAGCCCUAACACUCUCAACGAGGCGUAUCGGAUGGCAGUCCUGGGAAGACAAGGUCAUGUCAAGGAAAUCAAGGGUCUGUUCUUGUAUCUUGCAAGCGAUGCAUCAUCCUACACGACGGGCAGUGACAUGUUGAUCGAUGGUGGAUAUGUCCUCACGUAA